AUGUGCUCCGGUGGCAAGAUUCUUCUUACCAUUCUGACCAACAAUGCUCCAACAGGGAUCACUAUGAAGCUAUCUGUGACUCCAGAGGCCAGCCUAGUUGCCUCUUCCGCGCUACUGCACAUACCAGGAUUGAGAACAUACAGUGAUUUCGAAGAACGAUCACGCAGAGCAUCCGAGCACUAUGAAGGCGAAUUGGAGAGGCGAAAGCCUCGGGAAACGACAUCAAGCGGCGGCGACCUGAGUCUGACCGCCCCGGACACUGAAAGAAAUGUCAGCACUUUGCAGGCUUGUAUGACAGGAAUGCAGAAUAUUGCCAGUGUCAGCAACGAAGCCGGAUUCGCAGCGUGCUACAAUGUGCUGGAUUGGCACGAGAACAUGAACGGAAUGUUUCAAGCAGACUUAAGAUUCUUCCAAAUCUCGAGUGCGGCAGGACAAUUCGCCAACGUGCCCAUGAACGACAUCACGAUUCAACUUCUUUAUCCCAACAGCACUCAAUACUCUGUCCUCACGAACGUCAAACGUAGCGUGUCGACCCUACAACAGCGACAAAGUGCGAGUGAGCCUACUGAGAUACAACAGUAUUCUCUGGUCGGCAAUUUCCAGAUGCAGCUCGAUCUUAAGAAGCUCAACAAUACCCAGAUCAUGUCACUUCUGAUCCCACAGAUCAUUCUAUCAGCUAAGGUGGAAGGGACGACCGUGGCUUCACAGGUGGCAUCGUCAGAUGUCGUCUACUUCGUUGCUGGCCAAUUCCUUGAUGGCAUGACGCCACAGCUAGCAGCAAAGGCUGCAGAUCCAGUCAUGGCAGCAGACGCUAUUAUGGCGUCGCAAGGAUUUGUUUUACCAGGCACCACUUUUGGUGUUUUCCCUGUUGGGCUUAUCAUUACCAGCACGUGGUGUCUUUUGUUCUUUCUAGCAUAUGGGCUUGGCACAAUUGGCCGUAUACGGCAUAGGGACAUCUAUAGAAAGAGGAUAGCAGUGACGACGGGUCGGAGUGGAAGGCGGUGA